AAAUAAUUGCACACGCCGUCGUUGGUUUGUUCGCGUUCGGCGGACACUUCGAACGGACAAAGCAAAGCAAUGGCGCCGCCGCCGAGGUGGCUACGGCGGGAGGUGUUCGUGGGGCUCGCGCUGGGUCAGUUCGUCUCGCUGCUCAUCACCUCCACCGGCUUCGCCUCCUCCGAGCUCGCUCGCCGAGGUGUCAAUGCACCUACAUCACAGUCAUUGCUGAAUUACAUCCUUCUUGCACUUGUUUAUGGUGGAACACUGCUAUACAAAAGGCAACAUAUGACGAUCAAAUGGUACUACUACUUGAUCCUAGGCAUCGUUGAUGUCGAAGCUAACUAUAUUGUUGUGAAGGCUUAUCAGUACACGUCCUUGACCAGUGUGAUGCUCCUGGAUUGUUGGUCUAUUCCAUGUGUCAUUGUGCUCACUUGGAUCUUCCUGAAGACAAAAUAUGGGCUGAGAAAGUUCAUUGGUGUUGGAGUUUGCGUGGCUGGCCUUAUUUUGGUUGUAUUUUCUGAUGUGCACUCUUCUGAUCGAGCAAAAGGACCCAACCCCUUGAAAGGUGAUUUGCUUGUCAUUGGAGGCUCCAUGCUUUAUGCCAUCAGCAAUGUUACCGAGGAGUACUUUGUCAAGAAAAGCAACAGAGUUGAGGUGAUGGCAAUGCUAGGUGUUUUUGGAGCAAUUAUAAGUGGUAUACAGAUAAGCAUACUUGAGCAAAAAGAGCUCAGAUCGACUCACUGGACUGCUGGUGCGAUCCUUCCCUUCAUAGGGUUUGCAUUGGCAAUGUUCUUGUUCUACUCAACGGUACCAAUUAUACUCAAGAUAUGUGGUGCAACCAUGCUUAAUCUCUCACUCCUGACCUCAGACAUGUGGGCUGUUCUAAUACGUAUUUUUGCUUACCAUGAGAAGGUUGAUUGGAUGUACUUCGUUGCUUUUGCUGGCACAGCAACUGGCCUUGUCAUCUACUCAUACAGGGGCUCAAAGCAGAUUUCCGAAGAGACAGCACAGGUUACACAGGCCAUGGAUGAGGAGGCCGCAGCGGCAAACAGCACAGCACAAGUUCCUGGUGUCGGAGAUGGUGGGCCAGCCUCCAACAAGGACUUUUCAUUAGCUGCCACUGCCUCAAGGUAGUCGGCAACCGGCUGCAAAACUAGACUUGCAAGAACAUGUAUACAGUGGUGGUUGAUGUAGACGGUUGGACAAGCCUUUGGUUGUGAGUGAUGUUUUGCUAUCAGAUAUGAGAGAAGGGGUUAGGAGCUAGGAGAAGUACAUGUAUAAUAUAGUUCCUUGUUCGAUAUAAUUUAUAUAUACGAAAUGGAAAUGUAUUGUUCAAUUAAUAGUCUAGAUUAAAAACUACAACUAUUGUGACAUA